AGAAUGCCAAAGACAACCUCAAAGUCUAGAAAAAAAUGAUCUUUCAUGGGAUAUGAAGUGAAUCUCCUGCUUCCUGUUUUUGUCUUACUGAGCCCCGAUAAUUGAUCCUAUGGCCCCAGGCUUGAGGAAAGUUGACUGACCAGGCUCAGCAACAUGCAUCAGCUAUUCCGACUGGUUUUGGGACAAAAAGAUCUUUCCCGAGCCGGGGAUCUCUUCUCCUUGAAUGACUCUGAGAUUGAAGAUAGCCUAACGGAAGCUUUGGAGCAAAUUAAAAUAAUCAGCUCAUCUUCGGAUUACCAAACCAAUAACAAUGACCAGGCAGUGGUUGAAAUAUGUAUAACAAGAAUCACGACAGCCAUCAGAGAGACGGAGUCCAUUGAGAAGCAUGCAAAGGCCCUCGUGGGGCUCUGGGACUCCUGUUUGGAGCACAACCUGCGGCACCCCGGGAAAGACGAAGACACUCCUCACGCAAAAAUUGCGUCGGACAUCAUGAGCUGCAUCUUACAGAAUUACAACCAGCCCUCUGUGAUGACAUUAGCCAUCCCCAUCGCAGUGAAAUUCCUCCAGAGAGGCAACAAGGAACUGCGCAGGAAUAUGUCAAAUUACCUGUCCCUGGCUGCGAUCACCAAGGCCGAUCUCCUGGCUGACCACACAGAAGCCAUCGUCAAGAGCAUCCUCCAAGGUAAUGCCAUGCUGCUGCGGGUGUUACCUGCUGUGCAUGAAAAGCAGCCUCAACCCAUCAACAGACACCUGACAGAACUCCUGGCCUUGAUGUCUCAGCUGGAGCAGCCAGAGCAGUACCAUCUGCUACGGCUCUUGCAUGUAGCAGCAAAGAGGAAACAGCUGGAGGGGGUUCAGACGUGUAUUCCUUUCCUCAUUGGGCAUUUGAAGGAUGCAGCCAACAGUGACGUUAUCCUGAAUAUCCUCCUAGAGAUAGCCGUCUCGGACCCAGCAGCGCUGGGAAGUUUUCUCCCAAUGCUGAAGGAGAUAGGUGAGAGAUUUCCCUACCUCGUGGGACAAACAGCAAGGAUCUUCGGAGCUGUGGGACAUGUGGACGAAGAAAGAGCCAGGAGCUGCCUGGCGUAUCUGGUGAGCCAGCUGGCUAGCAUGGAGCACUCGUUUCACCACAUUCUUCUGCUGGAGAUUAAGAGCAUCACCGACGCCUUCUCUUCCAUCUUGGGCCCACACAGCAGAGACAUCUUCCGCAUGAGCAACAGCUUCACGACCAUUGCCAAGCUCCUUACCCGACAACUGGAGAGCUCCAAAGUUGGAAGUGGCAGGAGAAAAACCAGUGCUGAAAUCGAAUUCCCAGAGAAACCGAAGGAGACUAAACUCACAGUUAGUGAAAAUGAAGACUGCGAGAAGCUCCAAGCUAAAACGCAAGCCUGCACAGCCAGAAUAAAUACUGACAGCAACAUUCCCGGUUCAAUCAGAAGACACAGUUUGGACCAAGUUUCUAAAGAAAAAAGAAAAAACAUGAGAUUUAACAGGUCAAAAAGUUUGGCUUUGCACUCUGUGCUCAAAAAGGCUGUGAGUUCAGAUGACGGGGAAGAUGUGGAAAGUGGAGAUCGCCCUGCCAGCACCUCCCUUUCAGAAAUAGACCCACUUCUCCACGGAAGCGACAGAUUCUUCUCUCAGACAGACUCUGAUGAGCGACAGCUGAGAAAUUCCUCUGUUUCAUACCCAAGUAUUGUAUAUAUCGAAUCAGAGAAACUACCAGAAACUGUUCGAGGAAACCACCAGGAAGAAACUGCAGGAACAAUGGCGAGCCCUGUAGAGUAUGACGAUAAACUCUACCUGUACUUAAAGGAAAACCUCGACAGAGUGAAAGCGUAUGCUGUGGAAAUCGCAAAGAGGAUUCCAGUCCCCGAUCAGUGCACCAUCGAAGAUACAGUGAGAAGUUGUGUGGCAAAGUUAUUCUUCACCUGCUCCCUGAAGGGACACUACUGCCUGUACAGCAAAUCCAGUUUUAUCCUCAUCAGCCAAGAACCUCAGCCGUGGAUCCAGAUCAUGUUCCUCUUUCAGCAGAGCUUGUUUCCUGAGCCCUUGUCCACACAGAGUCAUUCUAUUCAAUUUCUCAGAGCCCUAUGGGAGAAAACCCAGGCAGGAGAUGCCCACAGCUUUGAAACCGCCAUGAUGGAGUCCACAUUUCCACAGCCAAAGGAUCUGGACCAGGUACAGCUCCAUCUGGAGGAAGUGAGGUUCUUUGAUGUAUUUGGCUUCAGUGAAACAGCAGGAGCGUGGCAAUGCUUCAUGUGCAACAAUCCUGAAAAAGCAACUGUUAUAAAUCAAGAUGGCCAGCCUCUCAUAGAAGGAAAACUUAAGGAAAAGCAAAUCAGAUGGAAGUUCAUCAAACGAUGGAAAACUCGCUAUUUCACACUAGCUGGAAAUCAACUCCUGUUUCAAAAAGGAAAGUCUAAAGAUGAUCCUGAUGACUCUCCAAUAGAGCUCAGCAAAGUACAGAGUGUAAAAGCCGUGGCCAGGAAACGCAGGGACCGCUCUCUGCCCCGGGCUUUUGAAAUCUUCACAGACGACAAAACCUACGUGUUCAAGGCCAAGGAUGAGAAGAAAGCGGAAGAGUGGCUGCAGUGCAUCAACGUGGCAGUCGCCCAAGCAAAAGAGAGGCAAAGUAGAGAAGUAACGACUUACCUAUAG